GUCUAACACAGAAUAGCUUAGAGUGAACAAUGAAGUCUUUAAUUUUAACCGUUCUAUGCCUGGCAUCAUUGGCUUUUAGCCAGUCCAUACGUUUGAGGGAUGAACCCUAUCCGGGUCUAAGCAAUGUUAAUACAAAAGUUCCUGUCUCUAAAACCUAUCAAAAACCUCAAUCGCGCAUAGUUGGAGGAGAAAUUGCGCCCGAAGCCUUUGCUCCUUGGCAGGUGUCUAUGCAAAAUCAGUAUGGUAAUCAUUUUUGUGGAGGAGCUAUAAUUGCUGAUCAGUAUGUGAUAACGGCAGCUAGUUGUGUAGCCGGUUUGGAUAAACGUUCUGUUAAGGUGGUAACCAGCACCAAUGAUUGGAUGGGUUUGGCCUGGGAAUAUUAUGUGGAAGACAUUAUUAUACACUGUAAUUUCGAUAAGCCUUUGUAUCACAACGAUAUCGCUUUGAUUAAAUUGACCACUCUAAUUGCCUACGAUGACAAGACCCAAAAUAUCACAUUGGCUGAAUUGGAUGAGUUGCAGGAGGGAGAAACAUUAACCAUGACUGGCUGGGGCAGUUGGCAAUUGGGUCAACAUUAUCCUGAAGAGUUAAAGAAAUUGGAUGCCAUGUUGAUAAGCAAUGAACGUUGCAAGAAUAUGUAUGCCCAGUAUGCCGAUGAUGUUGAUGAUGGGCAUUUGUGUGUCCUGCCUAGAAGCGGUAAUGGUGCUUGUCACGGUGACACUGGCGGUCCUUUGGUCAACUCGAAGGGCCAGUUGGUGGGUGUUGGUAAUUGGGGUGUUCCCUGUGCUCAUGGUUUUCCCGAUGUCUUUGCAAAGUUGUCGUUUUACAAUGAUUGGAUAAGAACUAGUAUUAAGGGUUGUACGUUAGCGCCAUAAAUGUGGAAAUAGUUUAAAUUGAUAUUUAUAAUUAAU